GCUAAUUUUUAAAAUUGGGCCUCUGCCUUUAUACCCUCCACAAUGCUCUUCUUGAUCACCGCAAAACUCUUCCACAUAAAACCCCCACUACCUUUCCCAAUUCUUCAUCUUCUUCCCCACCAUAUCACCAUAAACCCUAGAAAAACCCCUUACAUUCCCCCUCCAAAAAUGUCCUGGCAAUGCAAAAAUUGCACCUUUCUCAACCCCAAAACCCUCUCAUCUCCAAAACCCACUUGCCAAAUCUGCCUAUCUUCACCUCCCCAAUCCCCAUCUUCAUCUUCCUCCUCUGCCUCAAAAUGGGCCUGCAAGGCCUGCACUUUCUUGAACCCUUACAAGCGCUCCAGCUGUGAGGUCUGUGACACAAGGGCCCCAAUCUCGAGCUUCGAGGAUCUGAAUGAUGACAAUGGAGAUGAGCUUGAUGAUCAAGUGGGCUCUGUUUUCUUGCCCUUGCAGAAGUGUAAGAGGAAGAGGGUUGAGGAAGAUGUGGGUUCUGGGAAUGGGUUUAAGGGGAGGAGGGUUCAAGACCCAGUUGAGGUUGCUAAGGAAAUUACUGUAUCAGACCCAGUUCAGGUUGCUAAGGAUUCUGCCACAUUGAAUGCGUUUAGAGGAGUCAAGGUGUCUGAUAAGAAGAAGAUUAAUGUAACAGAGAGCACUAGUUCAGUUGAGUCUGCCAAGGAUGAUGCCAAAUUCAGUUUGUUUCGAGGAGUUAAGGUGUCUGAUAAGAAGGUUACUGUAUCAGAGAGCAGUAGUUCCGGGUCUUCUGGAAUGGGUUUGAGUACGCUCAAGGUUUUGACUUACAAUGUUUGGUUUAGAGAAGACUUAGAAAUGCACAAGAGAAUGAAAGCUAUUGGUGACCUUGUCCUACAGCAUUGCCCAGAUGUCAUUUGCUUUCAGGAGGUUACCCCUGAUAUAUAUGACAUCUUUCAACAAUCUAACUGGUGGAAAAUGUAUCAAUGCUCAAUUCCAAAUCAGAUGGCGAUUUCACAACCUUACUUUUGCAUGCAGUUAAGCAAAUUGCGAGUGAAAGCCUUCAGCUGUAGACCAUUUUCAUACUCUGCGAUGGGGAGAGAACUCUGUGUCACUGAAGUUGAAGUACAGGGGGACAAACAUCUUGUUGUUGCCACUAGCCAUCUUGAGAGUCCUUGCCCAGGCCCUCCAAAAUGGGAUCAGAUGUACAGCAAGGAACGUGUAGAUCAGGCAAAGGAGGCCCUCAACUUCUUAAAGAAGAACCCAAAUGUGAUUUUUUGCGGUGACAUGAACUGGGAUGACAAGUUGGAUGGCCAAGUUCCUUUACCUGACAACUGGAUUGAUGCUUGGGUAGAGUUACGACCAGGGGAAGAUGGAUUGACGUAUGAUACCAAGUCCAACCAGAUGUUGUCUGGUAACAGGUCACUGCGGAAGCGACUAGAUCGAUUCUUUUGCUGUCUGCACGAUUUCAGGGUGAGCAAAAUUGAAAUGAUUGGGAUGAAAGCAAUACCAGGUCUCUCAUAUAUCAAGGAAAAGAAAGUGAAAGGGGAGAUUAAGAAGCUGGAGCUCCCUGUUUUGCCUAGCGAUCAUUAUGGCUUGCUUUUGACAAUCUGUGGCCAGUAGUUUGGCGAAGUGUGAAUCAUAGAGUUUAUCCUCGGAUUCAUGUUUUUUUUCUUUUGCAGCAGACUGGCAGUCCUUCCAUGCAUGCUUUGCAUGGUAUUUUGAGUAUAGAAGGUGGCUGUUGCCUUCACAUUUUGUACGUAGGAAGUUUUGUGGAUGAAACAGUGCACUUAAUGCAACUGCCAAUCUGAAUGGUUAGUAUUUUGUUUGGUCUC